AUGUCAUUCCUUUGGGAUUGGUUCAACAGUGUGCUGAAUCUCCUUGGUUAGUUUUUGCUUGGAAAAACAUGAUGGUUAAUUUUUAAAAAAUGCGUUUUUUGUAGGUUUGGCCAAUAAAAAGGGUAAACUGGUAUUUCUUGGUUUGGAUAAUGCCGGAAAAACAACACUUUUACAUAUGUUAAAAGAUGAUCGGAUUGCUCAACACGUACCAACUUUACAUCCAAGUAAGUUAUUUUUGCUUAUCAGCUGAUUUUUAUCGAUUUUUUUGACUACAAAUAACUGGUGAUUUCGGAAGAACAGGUGAUUUCGAUUGAAGUUUAAAACUUAAAAUUUGAAUAUAAGAAUCGGUGGCGAGCAAAAAAUCAAUAAAAAUAUUUGCAGCCUCUGAACAAUUAUCGCUCGGAGGAAUUUCAUUCACCACUUUCGAUUUGGGUGGUCACGCACAAGCUCGACGAGUUUGGAAAGAUUAUUUCCCAGCUGUAGAUGCGAUUGUUUUCUUGGUCGAUUGUGCCGAUUUGGAAAGAAUCGCUGAAUCGAGAGCUGAACUUGAAAGUCUACUUCAAGAUGAACAAGUCGCUUCGGCGCCAGUUUUAGUUCUUGGAAACAAAAUCGAUAAACCAAGUGCGUUGAGUGAAGAUCAAUUGAAAUGGCAAUUAAAUAUUCAACAUUUGUGCACUGGAAAAGGUGAGUUUUUUUGAGGGUUUGGAGAAGUUUGAAAGAUGAUUUAUUAUUCAAAGAGUUUUGUUUUUUAGACUUUUCAAAAAAUCAGACUUAUAGUCCAAAAUUGGUAAAUUAAAAUAAUUCAAAUUAGAUUUCCUGCGAAAAAAAACAAUUUCUAUAGCGAAAAAAUAGUCAUUCUUCAAAUAAAUUCUGAAAUUUACAAUGAAUUUUAUGAAAAAUCGUAUCAAUUGAAUUUGACAAGUUAAGAGUUUUUAUAGCGUAUUUUUCUGGGGUUGACAAUCUGAAAAACUCAAAAAUAAAACCCAAGACAUUUUUUUUUCAAUGGUAAAAAUUGAGUUCUCCGAUGUAAAAAAAAUUUGUGAUAUUUUAAUAUCGUUUUUAAAUGAAAAAAAAAACACGAAUUGAAAACAUUUACAAAUACUCUGUGAAAAUCAGCAUACAUCAAACAUUACGCGCAAAAACCUACAGUACUUUUCGGCAAAAUUUUUAGGCAAAUACCAGGUUAUUUGCAAUUGGGAACCCUGAUAACCUCACAAUCUUCACUUCUGAGGCUUUAGAAAAUACUAUUUAGUUUCAUUAUAAAUAUUGAAAUGAGAUAGUUGUUUUCCCAUUGGUCACGUUUUUAUUCGAAGCAAUUCCAAAAUUAUUUUCUAUUUUUUAGUUGAAAAUGAACAACUUGAAAGUUCCACGAAAGAAAGCUGUGCUUUCCUCCAAAUUUUCUAUGAAUUCAUUUUGUUUUCUAAUAAUUUACACAAAAUUUUUGCAGGCGAAGUUUCUCGCAACGAAUUGGCGUCUCGACCAAUGGAAGUUUUCAUGUGCUCAGUUUUGCGUAGAACCGGUUAUGGAGAUGGUUUCCGUUGGUUGUCGCAAUACAUCUAA